ACUUCCAACCAGGAAGCGACGCUCUUCUUUCGAAAACGCGCGCCGCUCCGAACGAAGACACGAUAACGAGGAUCUGACCAAGGAAUAUCAGGCCUAGGUGACCGAAAUUAAUGAGUAAAGUGGUUGUAGAGUGUAUUGAAAUUCGCAAAAGUGUAGUCUGAAGGUAACUGCAAGUGAAACGUGAAAAAAACGAGUAAUGUUGAUGUAAUAUCCAGUGAACAUAGAGGAGCUGUUAAUUACUCGACUUGAUUAGUCAUUUAUGUUCAGGUCGGGCAUUGGGUGAAAGUGUUUAAUACGACAAUUAGUUAACAAAGUGUGAAAAUAAGAAGACGGAAAACCCAAGUUUUAUCUUGUACGCAAGAUAAUCAUUCCGUCUCACUAGCUACUUGACAGCGCGGUAGUGCCAAAUCUGAAAACUGACGUAACUAGUUGAGCGCUCAAUCCCUCUGCACUCGUCGUAACUUGAUCAGUGAUUCAGAUUUCAACGUCUUCCUACACCCAGUUAUCCAGAAGUUAAAAUUUUUCCAAAUCUGUCAUAAUUCCGAAAGCUGUAGAAGCCCCGUGAAUGGGGAAACAGAAUCGACCGCGGAGCAUUAAACAUCGGACAAAGAAUGACUAUAAAUAAAAUUGUGCGGUUACGUGAAAACUACGAAGGCUCGCCGUGCCGGCUAAGAUACCACCGGGCGUUAACUGACGACGUUAACAUCUCGAGAAAAUUCUGAUGUCAUUUUGAGCGUUGGCUGACCCGCCACGUCACUUUGUAUCAUUCAAUUUUUGGAUUUUAUCUCGCCAUGGGAAGUCAGUGCUGCAAGUGUGCAAACGGAAAAAAGGCUAUAACUGCACCACACGAAGUGAAGCAAGGAUUACGGGAUCAGCUUCCAGUCGCUAGAGAACGGUACCACGUUCAGGCACGAGGGAACGUGGUUCAAUUGACUUUAGAGCAUUCGAGAACGGAUGACAGCGGCCGAUAUGCCCUGGUAGCCAGAAACAUCGCUGGCGAAUCAUCGCGAAUGAUACGAUUCAACGUGGACGACGUAAACGGCGAAGACGGUGACCCGCCAAUCUUCGUAAGGAGACUUAGCGACCUCGCUGUAAAAGUAGGGACAAGAACAAGGUUCCUGGUGGAAAUCAGAAGCUCAACUAACUUAAAGGUCACUUGGCACAGGAACGAUGAACCGAUCCAGAAAGGAACCAGGUUUACCUUUGUUCAUGAGGGAAACUUUUACUGCGUCGAUGUCGCCCCCGUUACAGUCGAAGAUCAAGGACACUGGACAUGCAUGGCGGAGAAUCCAUCCGGCCGUUCGUCGUGCACGUCCCACCUUAACGUCGUUGUGCCAAAGGCUUACAAAAAACCAGAGUUCGUCGAAGAGCUUCGAGCCCUGCUCACGGAAAUGGGGACAGUUUCGUUGGAAUGCAAAGUCAUCGGGGUUCCGACGCCAGUGUUGAGGUGGUUUAAGGACAAUAAAGAGAUCAAGGCUGGUGACGUAUUCGCCUUGACCGCUAAUCCCGAUGACCCAACGUCACUUGGAACUUACACAUGCGAGGCCGUGAAUUGCAUGGGCACAACUUAUUCCUCUUCGAAAGUUCACGUGAUGGGCAAGGGUAGUCGAGAAGGUUCUCUGAAGCCAGCUGAUAGUUUGACACAGUCCGGACCUCUGCCUACUUUCAAAAAGAUCCUUCAGGAUGAAUCCAGCAGAAUUGGCGAAUCUUUGAUAUUGUCGUGUCAAGUUCAAGUUCCCCCAUGGCCUAAAACAAUCACCUGGUACAACAAGGAAGGCCGCAUAGAGGCUAGUGAGAAAUAUCAUAUAAUGGAAGACGGUCUUGGUGGAUAUUCGAUAGAAAUAAAACCACUGGAAGCUAUGGAUGAAGGUGAAUGGAAAUGUGUAGCUACAAGCAGUGAGAAUGUCAAGCAGUUCACUACGUGUCACGUAAUGAUGUCAAUUCCUAAGAACUACAGAAAGCCGCGAUUCAUGGAAAGCUUGAAAGCAGUGCUCACUGAAGAAGGACUCGUUUCCUUCGAAUGCAAGGUGGUCGGUUUUCCUACUCCAGUCUUGCGAUGGUUUAAAGACGGACAGGAACUCAAACCUGGCGACGUUUAUCAGUUAACGGGCACCAAUUCUUUAGGUUCCUACUGUUGCAUUGCCAGGAAUUGCAUGGGUGAGACCAGGAGCACCGCUGAGCUAACUGUUGAGGACAUUCAAAAUCAGCUCAAUGAAGAGGAACGACUACAACUCUUCAGCAUGAAUCAACCACCAAAGUUUAUCAAGGGUCUAAAAAGCUGUGAGGCAAAGAUCAACGAAGAUUUUCGCUUCACGAUUGAAGUCAGCAUUGCCCCAGAGCCCAGCUUGUCGUGGUACAGAGACGAUGAACCAAUAAACGAGAGUGAGAAGUACCAAGUACUGCGGGAGAUGCUGGGCACGUGUCACCUGAAUAUACGGAAGCUAGAGUUCGUCGAUCAAGCUGAAUGGAAGUGCGUCGCUACCAACGAUUUCGGUCACAGCAUCACAUCCUGUUUUUUGAAGCUCAUUAUUCCGAAGCACUUCAAAAUGCCAAGAUUCCUUGAAAGCUUGCGUGCCAUCCUGUCUGAAGAAGGUGCUGUAAAUCUCGAAUGCAAAGUCAUCGGUGUCCCUCAGCCAGUCCUGAAAUGGUAUAAGGAUGGAGUUGAACUGAAGCCUGGAGACAUACACAGGAUCAUUUCGGGUCAAGAUGGCACGUGUUGUCUCGGGACUUACACUUGCGAGGCGACGAACUGCAUGGGAACAGUAAGCAGCUCCGCCUCACUGCUUGGUUUCGAAGAUCGAGCCGCCACUAAAAAAGAGCCGAAAGAAAUACCACCGGGGCACGAACUCGCUCACAAUCUAUCGCUAUCCACAAUCCACGAGGAGAGGACGUCUCAAAUGUACGACACACCACAGACUGACAUAUCGAUGACCCUGGACGAACGGGGUGAAGUGUCCUUUAGUUUUGACGGGAAGGAAGUAUCCGUAAGCUUGUACGAGACCCCAGACCUUACUGAGGAAGAAGCGCUACAGAUUGUUGAGAUGUAUGCAGAUCAACUAUCGGAACACGUAACUGAACACAACGUGAUCGAACUACCUCCUUUGCGUUUCGUGAAGGAAACCUCGACUUCCGGAAAUCUCUUAAUGGAAGCUGUUGUGAUCGAUGUUUCACCGGACUAUUUCAUGGCGGCGGAAGAAGAUCUUCGUACCGAAGCUGAUGUGGAAGAUGUGUCCAUUAUGGAAGAUCAAACUCAACCACUGUCUUCUCCCGAGGUACAGGCAGACGAUGGGAACCAGUUUGAUCGAGCCAUGACAGCAACUCCGCUAAUUGGAGAAGAUGGAAGGCCGAUACGUCCGCCACGGAAAAAGUCCAACAGCGUAUCGUCGAAGAGUGAGAAGAGCGAGAGAAGUGCGAAGAGCCAAAAAUUGGAGUCUGAAAGUUACCACAGCGCUCGGGAACCCACAGGUCAAAUCUCCAUCAAGGAUGACAGUGACCCAUUCACUGACGCUUUGUCCCUUCAUUCUCAAGUUGCGUCGACGUCGGACCGAACGAGCCAAAAAGACGCGUUGAACCGGAAUCAGACGAACAAGCAGAGCAGCGGUGAAAAGACGUCCAGUCUUGAAGGUGACUCGUCGUUUGACUCGGUGGCAGGUAUUCCGAAAAAGAAAAAAGCUAAAAAAAAGAAGGGGACAAACCUAUCUCAGAAAGGAAGCUCCGAAGAUUCGUCGAUGGGAAGCGAACACUUGAAGAAGGACAAAGUAGAUGCUGAUAAGCCUGAGGUUUCAUUUCAUCUUGAGCCUAUCGUCAAGGUCAGCGAACAGUACGUCGAGGAGGGUGAUGGUCUUGCAGUCGUGGACCAAGCCAAUAUUGUGAAACUGUCGAAUUCAGAUUCAGAGAAGUCGUUAUUCAAGAGCAACAAGGAACGAUUGAUCCAAAAUAUUUGCAAACUGACACAACCCGUUAUGGUAAUCCGCAACGCUCUCGUAAACUUGAACACGCUCUUCGAGGCUGAAAGCGAGGCUCAACUAAACGCUAUUAUCAUGGAGCAGAUCGUUCUACCGAUUCAAGAUCUCUGCGCGGAAGUGUCACUCAUCGAGGAAAAGGCCCUAAAAAAUGCUGGCGAUAAAUCAUUGGCCCAAACGACAAGGAUUUCUUUAUUAGAGUCCGUUAGCGGCCCGAUGGAGGAACUUCUUCGAGGGAUCGAGUUAAUCAAACGUCACGAAGGGCUGCAAGCUGUUCGGUCAGACCUGAUUAUCUUAGAAUCACUGACUGACCCAAUCGAUGAAAUUUCCAGCGGACUGGCCAAAAUCGAAUACGAAUUGUCAGGUAAAGCAAACUGUAAAAAACCAAUUGCAUUUCAAAGGAUCAUACAGACCACAUCCCGACUGAAGAGCAGCAUCGAAACGCUUGACAGUUUGAAGCAUGGUUAUCCCGGAUUUUCUAGUCGAUUGAAACGUAUAUAUGAGAAUCUUGACCUCUUUAUAAAAAACAUUACUAUAAAUCCGGUCGAUGGUACGACCGAAAAUAUCGACACGAUAGUAGUCGAAACGCUGACACGACCGGUAGAAGAAUUGGAACGUGUUGUCAGACAUUCCUUAAACAAUUCGACUGGAGAAUUUGACUCAGAAUCCAUACAGCACGUGAUCACAUCUCUGAAGGAGUUGAAGAACAGAUUGACUACUCUCAUCACAGCUCUGGAAAGCUACGGAAAGGAGGCAUCAGAUUAUUACUCGAUUACCGUCAUGGCGCUAUCCGAGGCAGUCAGCGAGGCGUCUGAAGAACUUACAAAGCUGUCAGAAGACAAUAAUGACUUCGCAAAAAAUUUGGACCUGCAAGUUGCGGCCAAGUCAAUUCUGGACCUUCAGCGUACCAUUGAAGUUAUUUCGUCGCUCCCCAUCAAUCCACUUAAGCAUUCAAAACCGCUGCUUAUCGCUGUGCAGAAAGGGUUGGCUCAGAUACUCGAAAAUGUAGUAUUACAGUCUGGUAAAAGUAAACUAACAGAUGAUAACAAUUCCUUAAUCGUCAAAUCUUUGACUCAACCAGUCGACAGGCUAAACUUGCAGUUGCGAAAAUUAGAAACAACAUAUGAAUUACAGACAACUGAUUUGAAUAAUCUACUGGAGUCUCUUGAGUUCCUUGAUCAUAGCGUGACGACGUAUCAGAAAAAUUUACUGGGCAGUGGAGAUGCAAGAAACUCCAACAUUUCUGCACUUGAAGAAGUCAAGGAUCCCUUGGACAGGAUUAUUGAUCGCUUGCAGCAGGAUACGGUUGCAAAAAUUCAAGACAGCGGAGUGUCAUUAGCCGUUGAAAGAAUGAAAGCCACAAUUUCCGACGUACUCACUGCAGCUGACGAAUCAUUCUCCAGCCAAGAAAGAACUUUGGUUUUGCAAACGUUAAAGCCACCACUAACAGCGGUAAAUUUAAAUUUGGACAAAAUCAGGCAUAUUUGUAUUGGAAAAAUUGGUGACGUAUUUAUCGUAGAUUUGAUCCAUAACUUCUAUCAGCCAGUCGUCGAGUUGUCGAAUCUUACAACAUGUCACGACAACGAAAUUCUCAGUAAUCUGGCAUCAAUAAAAACCAAAGUGCACGGCUCUAUCACGACCAUAAACACGAACGCAAAGGUGAAGGGACGCCAAAAUAGCGAUGAGAUCAAGGCGAUUCUACCGCUCAUUCAGGAUCUCGAAAAAGCUAUAACGCAGGUUGAACUUCUUAUGGAAACUGUUUUGCACAUAAAUAAACUGACAGGAGAAGUGGAUUUGAUAAAAAACGUGUUCGAUCAAAUUACCCCAGAACUGGCUCUGACAUCUGAAGCCACCGAACGAUUAACCACGUCUCUAAAUAAUGUUAUCAGUAUCGCUAAAAGCGUGAAAGCCGGGGCUGCAGUCCCUGCUCUCGAUACACCAAUGAAUGAAAUCAAAAAUUUUGUUGAAAAUGUCUUUUCAAAGGUUGAUUUAGUGAACGGCAUCCUGGACAAUGAGAAUUUCGCGAUUCUGUUGUCAAUUGAUAAACCUCUAAAGUCCGUUCACGCGGCUAUUGAUAGUAUCCAAACGGAAAUCGUCGGCGGAAAAGUGAAUGAAGUAGCAGGCCGAGUCUGCGUCACUGCCCUAAAUAAUAUGGCUCAGCCGUUGGAAGCGAUACAGGUUAAAUCCACUAUAAUACAGGAGAAGCUUGCGGUAAUAACACCAAUAUCCACAAAACUGAUGGAGCCUCUCCAGACUGUGAAAACCAACCUAUCGGUGGCUCUGAGUGAGUACGAGGUGAUCGCGGAAAAGCGGGGGCGUUCUUCUUCUCUCGUUAAUUACCUCGAAGAAUUAAACCAAACUUUGAAUAACAUCGUUGAGUCUAAGAGCGACAAGGAAACAAUUGCGAUUCUGGCCAACUUGAAGGGGCCACUUCACGCUCUGCAAUCAUCGCUGGAGCUGCAGGAUCACAGUUACGAAGAAUUAGUAAUCCUAAGAAGUCUUGAAACGCCGAUUGCGAGUCUGAAAACUGCUUUGUCCUCACUCUCAGAAAAGCCAGCAGCCAUUAGGAUAUUGCAACCUGUCUUGGCAGUGCUGAAUAAAAUCGAAAACAGAGUUCCAGUGGUCGUCAAAGAAAUCGCUGUAAGGGAAGAGCGAGAAAACUUGGAGCAAGCAACGGAGUCGAAAGAAAUACCAACGAAACUACAGCAACCGUUAACGAAUAUCCUGACGGUGAUGUCUGCCGUUAUUGACGAUUGUGAGAACUCUCCAGAUUCUAAAAUUACUGUGUCUCUAAGAGAAGUCAGACAGAAACUUGCGACAGUAAUCAAUAACGCCCAGUACUUGACCGACGAAGACAUGGCAUGCAUUCUAAUCGACCUGAAGCAGCCGUUGCUCAAUUUUCAGCACGCAUUAAUAGCGGCAGAACUCAGUAGCGAUGAAUUAAGAAUCAUCGAGAACUUCGGCCAGCCAAUUUCAGAAUUAAGAGGUGCCGUCGUCGAAGUAUUGCAAGAGGGGCAAGCCGAUGAUGUCCAAUCGGUUGUAAGCCUCCUGGAAGAGUUACAAGAACAGAUACUCGAAGUCACUACACCUGGUUCAGCAAAACUCGAAAAAGCUUCACUGAAAUCGUUGACAAUAGAAGAACCGCAGACGCUCGCCGAUCAGAUUCUUGAUCCAUUAAUCGACAUCCAGUCAAAGAUCAGCGCAGUGUUACUGGAAACGGAAAAAAUUGACAGUCCCGUAUUACAAUCUUCAGAGCUAGCUUCAAGUCUAGUUGAACUAAGGCAGUACGUUUCUAGUGCGGCUCACGCCGCUACAAGGUUGAAUGAUGAGGAAAUAAUCAAUGCUUUGACAGACUUAUGUGAACCACUGGUAGACCUUCAGUCAGCAUUAUCCUUGGAUCACGCGCCAGAAGAAAUGUUAUUGAUCCAAAAUAUAUCCCCACAAAUCAGCCAGCUCAAGCAGAUUUUUACGACUGUUUUGGACAGCGUUCCUAGUGCCGAAAGCGAAUCCGUGAGACCAACCUUCCAAUUGCUCGAAGAUAUUCAAAACCAAGUUCCUGUUGCACUUGAGAAGUUUCAAGUUGAACAGCGAUCACAGGAAGGAGAAAAAGCUGUGGUCACCGAGGUCAAACCACGCGUCCUUGCGGCUUGUGGCAUUUCGACAACUUUGAGUAACAUUCACUUUGCACUUUCUUCUGCUUUAGAACAACAUGAAGCCACCAUGAAUAGGGAGAACCUGCCCCCUUCCGUUAUUGCUGUGAAUUUUGAGGACAUUAGACAGAACAUCGCUGCUCUGGCUGUAGCUGCUGGGUCCACAUUAGAGCCGAUGAAUGAUGAAGAUAUAAUCAUUGAACUGUCAGCAUUGAAAGAGCCUUUGCUUCAUCUGCAAAGAGUUUUAUUAACCGAAGAACACGGUGCAGAAGAAGCAGCUGUAUUGAAAUACAUCGUUCAUCCUGUGCAGGAACUAAGAGCGGUAAUUUCUAAUGUACUUUACACCACUCGAGCUGCAGAAGUACUUCCAGUUUUGGAAAUACUCGAAGAGAUCGAAAAAGACGUUCCAUUGGUAGCUAAAGAAGUCGCCAAGAGAUCAAAACUGUCGAAAGAGAAAUCAAAACGAGCCGAGACAGUCACUCUACAGAGUCCCAGAUGGCUGGCCGGUAAAAUAUCACAUCCAUUUACCACAAUCCAGGAUACGCUGACAGCAAUUUUGGAAGAGAAACGAAAAUCAAGUACUAAAAAAUCCGGGGUUACAGCAUCAAUAGAAGCCUUGAAACAUACAGUUACCGAUAUUGCCAUCACUACAUCUUACUCCGAGCCACCGCACGACGAACAAAUUAUUGAGAUACUGGCGGGAUUGAAGGAGCCGUUGUUAAAACUACAGGAGGCUGUCACAAAAUAUCACGAACCUGAAGAUCUCGGCAUUCUUGAAGAUAUCAAGCAGCCUAUAAAAGCUCUACAUUUGGUUACAUUGGAUGCUCUGGAAAACAGUAAAGAAGAUUCUCUUCAAAACGUUAUUGAGGUUUUGGAAGAAAUCGAGAAUCAAGUGCCGUUGGCAAUGAAGGAAGCAAUUUACAAAAAAGAACUGCAGCAAGUUGUUAAGUCAUUGGAACCCGAAUCUGCAGACAUUGAAUUCUGCACACUAGAGAGUGAAGUACGCGAGAAAACUGAAAAUCCAGUGACUGAGACUAAAGAGACCGAGAUCAAGGUUAUAGAUGUUGAGUCACAGGGACUGGAAACGGCCUCAAGUGAUACAGCUUCUACCAUAAAAUUAUCGCAUGUAUCAUCUGACGAUGGUGCAACAGUUUGUACUGCUGAAUCUAUGAAAUCUGGGUCACAGUCGUUGAACCAAGCAGAUCAAGAAAUUUUUGCCUCCGAUUUGUUAAAAUCUGAAAGUGUACAGAUAGCUGAAGAGAAAGAGGAAUUGGUAAAAGAAAAAGCAAUAGUUAGCGAAGAACUCUCUAAACCGAAGACUGCGGAAACACCCGCACAGGUUGAAGCCACCAAUGUGAAACAUGCACCAGUGAUCAGUUUGGCUACGAUAGUUUCCGAGCCACUUCUGCAGGUUCAGCUUAAGCUGGCCCACAUGCUGGACGACUUUGACCAAUUGGUGGACUUAAACAGCCAUCCAUCGGAACUUAGUAACAGUGUUGAAGACAUAAGGCAGUCAGUGUCUACUUUACACAUGUUGACAGCUCCGUACGGCAAUGCACUGACUGAUGAGGAAAUCGUGAGUGCUUUACAAGAAUUUCUACAGCCAUUAGGAAACCUCCAAGACGUGUUGGGCUCCAAAAAACAUAACAACGAGGAACUGCUCAUCUUGAACCAUCUUGAUCAGCCGAUUAAAGAAAUAAAAGACAUUGUUCAACGCGUUGUCGAGACUAAAAAAAGUGAGAAUCAAGCAAGCUUCGAUGAAAUUUUGAAAGUUUUGGAGCAAAUCGAAAUGUGGAUUCCGCUGAUGACGAAGGAAAUUAACACGAGGCAACAGAUGCUGCAAAUUCUGCGUGACAUAUCGAGGCCUCUCGAGAUCAUGCACAAGUGUAUGGUUGACCUUGAGGCAACUGCCAAAGAUGCUGUGGAGACUGAUGUUGCAGCUUCUCUGGGCGAGCCAAUCAACGCUCUAAAGGAAACCAUAAUUGGUAUCACAAGAGACUUGGAUAUGUUGGAGCAGCAGCAAAGCACCAUUUGGGAACUCAAGGCUCUGGUUGAGCCUCUAAUUGAGUUCCAGAGUUCUCUGUCAGUAAUUAAAAGCAGUCAAUGUGUCGUUCCCGAGACGAUGCUGCUUGCAGAAAAGAAGAAUGUCAUCUUCCACGCUGUGGAGGGAUUAAAGACUUCGAUCAACGCCACGGUAGAAAAGAUUGGAAACCACAAACAUGCGAAUGCAAUAGUCAAAACGCUCAUAGCUCUGAAUCAUGCCAUGACGACAGUUCAACAGCAGGUGAACAAGACUGAUUAUACUCGAAGACCCAGUGUCACGCUCAGAGGCCACAUGAUCGGCCCUCUAGACCACCUCAGCAAGGCUAUAUCAGCUCUCGAAGACUACAUUGACCAGGAAACCUACGAAGUGAUUUCCCAGUCAUUGGAAACCCUGCAGAAGCAAAUUCUGCUGGCGCAAGAUCAGUUCAAUCAAACAGACCAGCCAAUCGACGAAGAAGUGAUAAUUGAGGGAUUCUUAUACCCGACGAAUCAACUUCAGUCAGCGUUAACGAUGCUGCGAGACAACCUUGAGAAGAAAUCAAUACUACCCAUAACUUCUGCCUCGGUGGAAUUACUUCAGGAAUUCAGUGAAUCUGUCAUGGAGUUGAGAAGAUCUUUGACGCUGUUACAUAACGAAUUGAGACACGAGACCACAGGGGCAUCAAUAAUCGAAACUUUAUCGGCCAUUUUCAUGCCGCUGGAUAACAUUAAAGAAAUCAUAGCGAAAAUUGUCAGCGAUCCUCCGAGGACAGAAGAUAUCUUGACUGUAAAGGAUCUUCCUAAGCGAGAGCCAUCUCCUGUUAAUCAAGAAUUGAGAAAAGCCAUUCAAGUCGCUCUGCAAACGGAGGAAUCUAAACAACAGGAAACACUGAAAAUUGAACCACAGUCUGAGGUGAAAAAUGCGACGCAAGUCAUACAGCAGGCUGAAAUGUCUACUACUGAGAAUAUCACAGAUAUUUCAAACUUAAUCAGAGAACUAGCUAAUCCACUGCAAGCCCUGCAAAAGACUUUCAUAGACAUCCAAGAAGCCAGGACUGAAAUUUCGCCGAAAUCAGUAGAAAACUGGCAAGCUUUAAACCAGCAUCUGAAGGACUUACAAACCUCUAUCGCGGUAAUACAGGAAGCUGCAACAACUCCGAAAGGUGAAGAUAAUUCUAAGCCGUCAGUAGAAAAUCAACUUUUGCAAUCUCUGUUCGAAUUAAACAACGCCAUCUCUACGAUUCAGCCAGAGACGAUUGAAGCAGAGAAAAUUUCGGAGUUAAAAACUGAAAAGAAUGUAAAAGCUAUUGCUGUGUUGAUUCAACCGCUUGAAAAACUGCAUGAAUCGAUUGGUAUCAGUCAAGAAGAAGCUGUUCCACAUACAACAGAAGUUACUGAGACGAAAGUUACUGAUCUGAUGGUACUAGCGAAGCCAGUCGAAGAAUUGAAAAAAUCCUUGGUAAUUUUCCAAGAGCAAAGUACGUCUCCUCAAAAAAUUCAUUUACUUGAAAAAAGUGUAUUAGAACAGGCAGUGCAACUCGAUCUUCGUCCCGAUGAAGCUUUGUCUACUGAAAUACCGAGUACAUCAGAUGGGCCAAAAAGCGUACAACAAGAAUCAAAAAUGGAAACAGAGCAACAAUUUGAAUCGGAUAAGAAAUUGGCAGAGCCUUGUAAAGGAAAUCAAACUUCAAGCCUUUCGGAAUUACAAACAAUCGAGCUAGAAUCUUUGGAUAAGGGCAAACCAGACUGUUUAGUAAAUCUAAAGCUGCUUACACAAUUUAUUAUAGACCUGCAGACGAAUAUUCCCGAUAUACUUACAGAAAAACUGUCUACCGCUGAUAAGCUCAUUUUGGCAGUUACACAAAAUCUCGAGAGAUUACAGCAAAUACAAAACAUAAUUCAAAGCAGCGAUCACACAAAUACUCUAUUACCCAUGGUAAAGCCUUUGGACGAGUUAAAUUCGGCAUCUGCAACGAUUAAGGCUCAAAGCAAAGAAGGCAUCACGGAUUCUAAACGACUGACUUUACUCAGAAAACUAAUACUGCCAAUUCAAGACAUUCUCAAUGCGGUUGAAGCUAUAAAAAAAGAAAAAACUGUUGUUGGACUUCAGUCUUUUGAAGAAAAAGAAACUCGCAAUCUCCUGUCAGAAUUAACUGACUCAGUGAAAAGGUUACUGAAACUGAUUAACAAUCUCACGUCCAAGAAAGUCAAGAUCGUAGAACCUGAAGAAAGUGAAUCGACAACAAAAGAUGACAUAAAUAAUAUUCACCAAACCACAGCCCAGCCACUCGAAGAAUUGAUUGAAGCCAUCGUUGUUUCCCAGGCGCAAGUCACUGACUCGGCUGCUGAUUUCCAAGAGACAUCGGUCAUAGCAGAGUUAGCUGAUCGCCUAGAAAAAUUAAACACAUCGAUAGUGCACAGCGGAGACGUCGAAAACAUUACUGAACCGCUGGAGGAACUGAAGCAAGCGAUCACUUCUAUUCAAGAACAAGUAAUAGUUACGGAAAAUGCGGAGUUGUCAGAUGGCCAGCAAAUUUUAUUAGGCAUUGCUCAACCGCUUGCUGAAAUUCAGACAUCCAUCGCUGCCAUUCAAAAUCAGACCAUUGGCGAAAGUGAAGACGCAUCACAACUGGAAUUGCUCACCAAACCUCUGGAAGAACUGAGAACGAAACUAGCUACAAGUGAAGAAAGAGUUCUCCACGAAGAACAUACUGGCAUAAUGUCGGAACAACUAACACCCUUCGAAGCUGUAGCAAAACCUCUUCAAGAUCUUAUUGACACUAUCACUGUUACUCAGAAGACUUCAACGCUGGAAACUGCAACCGACAAACCAGCACAACCACACAAUCAAUCUGCGGAUAGAAGUGUUGAGAAUGAAAAGAAAACUAUCACAGAUAUUACCGGCGAAAUCGUAAAACCAGAGGAGCAAAGUACUUCCACAGCACAUAACGCAUUGCAAAAAUUGAUUUCCCCGUUUGAAGUGCUUCAAAAAAUUAUUUCAACCAGUCAAGAAGUCCAUGAAGAAAACGUAACACUGCCGACUGAACGUGUAACAGCCCAAGUAAUCGUGCAAGGUCUCCAAGCCGUCGAAAACGCAAUCGUUGCUGUGCAGUCACAGACAGAUCGCGAUAUUCAAGGUACGAAAAUUAUCAACCACUUAUUGGCGCCGUUGGACCAGUUAAAGCAAUGUAUUACGGUGAUUCAACAACAAGCUAUCGAACCAGUUGAUCAUGCACCCAGCCUACAUUGCCUCAAAGAACUCGCACUUCCUCUUGAAGAACUACAAAAAUCUAUGGCUAUAGUUCAGGAACAACUUGCACAUGAACGCGUUGAGAAGCUGGCCGAAUUUCUAACUCUUGAAGCUCUGGCUCAUGAAACCGAGCAAUUACAAAAAUUGAUCUCUUCAAUACCAGAACAAAAUGUAUCUGAAAAUAUUCUUGAAAAAGGAAUAAAAGAACUUGUGGAACCCGUUAAAGAGUUGCAGAAAGCUGUCGAAAGUGCCCAAAUAUUAUCGCAGAACAUGGAUCAACAAGUCAUCUCGGAAAUUAAAAAACCCGAGGAAUUGCGUUCAAUUACUCAACCACUACAAAAUUUGCAAAAAAUCAUAGUCGCCGUUACGGAAAGCAAAGAAUUUGCAAAUGUCGACGAAUUAGCCAAACCUCUAUCCGAACUUGAAACAUCACUCACUUUGGUACGUGAGCAAGCUAUAGCUAAAGAAGGUCUCGAAAUUAAAAUUCUCAAAGUGUUGGUAAGACCACUUGACCAGUUGCAAACAGCAAUUCUAUCUGUUGUAAAAGUAGGUAAGGAACAAAGUACAUCUGAAGAGGAGGAAAGAAAAAACUUAGUAAUAACAGAAUUGGUUGAACCGAUCCAAGAAUUGAAACAAUCAAUCACUCUUAUUCAAGAUCAAUCACUCGAACCCAGGGAUAUUGUUUUGAAAACUGAGGAGAGAAUAUUCACACAAACAGAAGAACCAACGUCAACUGUCAGAGUUCAGGAACGGCAACAGGUUGCCGAAACAAUAAUGGAAAACGUCCCUGCUGAAACGACACAAGCUCCGAAAGCAAUGGAAACGGGUUUCACCGUUCUGGAAGGAAUUUCUGUUUCUCUCCAAGAGCUCCAAAAAUCUCUAGCAGUAAUCAGAGAACCAGAGGUCGACAAAGUUACGACAUCAGAUUUACCGAAAUCAGAAGACGUACACUUUUUGAAAGUGUUGUCGAAGCCGGUUGAUGAACUGGCGAAAUUCGUCGUUCUAAUUCAGCAACAAACUGUACUAGAAGUUAGCAGUGACGUUCUUUCUGACGAAAAAUCAGCAACAAUAUCACAAACACUAUCUAAACCACUGGAGCAGCUUCGAGAAUUCAUUGCCGUUGUAGAAAAACAAUCUUCGGAGAAGCAGAAAGCCGAAAGUUCUCUAGUGAAAGCGAUCGUUCAACCCCUCACAGAUUUGACCGCAUCUAUAGCAAGUAUUCAGGAUGAACUUGCAAACAAAUGUAGGGUCGAAGCUCUCCUGAAAAUUGAUAAUAUUUCAGCCUUGAAGGCGAUGGCUCAGCCUUUACAAGAACUUUACAACUGUCUAGUAAGCAUUACUCAGCAAGCUAUUGUGGAGCAUGGUGCAGAAAUAAUUUCGGAAGAGCUACCGCUUGAAAUGCAGGCUAAAGUCGGAGAAGAGCUUACAAAAGAUACAGCUCUUGUUGAAAAAAUUACGGUACUGGAACCCACUGCUGAAACAGUUUCACCGGAAGACACUUCGAUGCUCAACACUUUGGCUCAGCCUCUGGAAGAGCUGCAGAAAUCUCUAGCCGUCAUCGAGGAGUGUACGAUUAUGGAACGUGAGAUGAGUUUUUCGUCCACGGCAGAGGAACCAACUAUACUGAAGGUGUUGAUUGAACCUCUGGCAAAAUUACAAAACACCAUACUUGUUGUUCAGGAGAAGGCAGCCACUGAACAUACCGAGCAGAUACAUGAAGAUACCUUAAAAUUAUUGGCAUUAGCUGAACCUUUAACUGAAUUACAGAAGGUAAUCGCAGUUUGUCAAGAAGAAAUUACAGUUGAACUACAGUCAACAUCAGUGACGGCAAUGAAAGAUGUUUCUGCACCAACAACCAUAGCUCAGCCUCUGGAAGAACUGGAAAAAUUCAUCGCCAUUGUACAGCAGCAAGUAGCAAUCGCAUCAAGCAGUGAAUUGACUUCGGAAGCUGAAAGUUUGUCAACACCGCAGGUGUUAAUUGCACCACUGGAAAAGAUUCAAAAAUCUAUAGCUGCCAUUCGAGAGCACAUAACGUUUGAACCAGAAACAACAUCCGUUUCACUUCAAGACAAUGCUGCUUUACUCAAGGGUUUGGAAAAACCGUUGAAAGAAAUUCAACAGAGCUUUGCUGCGAUCGAAGAGCAAGUGGAACUGAAUCCUGAGAAGAUUUCUACCUCGGACAAAGAACAUAUAAAUUUGUUGAAAUCUCUGGCCUCUCCACUUCACGAACUACAACAAUCGAUAGUCGUUAUCGAGGAGCAGGUAUUGGUAGGGUCUGGCGAUCAGUUGAUGUCAGAAAAAGAGGAUAUUUCGAUACUGAAAAGACUAGCAGCACCCGUGAUCGAGUUGCAAAAAUCCAUCGCAACCAUCCAAGAACAAAUUGUGGUUGACCCUGGAACCGUGUCAAUUUUAGACAAAGAAAAUAUAGAUUUUAUGAAAAUCUUAGCUCAACCUCUUGAAGAGCUGGAGAAAUGUGCCGCUAUCGUAGAACUUCAAGUGACUGUCGAGUCAGGCACUGAGGCGAUGCCAGAAGCUUCAAGUUCGUCAACUGUGCAGGCGUUAGCCAUGCCGCUUCGAGAGAUUCAAAAGUCUGUGGCUGUUAUUCGAGAGCACAUGGUAUUCGAAUCAAAAGUGGCAUCUACAAUAGACCAAGACAACAUCGAGCUACUGGCAACGCUUGCACAGCCGCUGAAAGAGAUGCAGAAGAGCUUUGCUGACAUCGAGGAACAUGUGGUUCUGGAACCCGGUGUAGUCUCUAUCUCAGAUAAAGAGGACAUCGAUUUACUGAAAACAUUAGCUUCACCUAUUGAGGAACUGCAACGUUCGAUAGCUGUGAUCCAGGAGCAAACACUUGUGGAAUCUGGAAAUCAAUCGCUGUCAGACAAAGAGGAUAUCUCGAUUUUGAAAACGUUGGCCAAGCCGAUAAUUGAACUGCAAAAAUCUGUUGCAACCAUUCAGGAACAGGUUUUAGUUGAGCCUGGCACAGUAUCAAUUUCGGAAAAGAAUGAUGUGUCACUAUUGAAAACCUUGGCUCAUCCUAUCGACGAACUGCAGAACUCAAUCGCUGUUGUUUAUGAACAAAUUAUUGCCGAGCCAGGCACGGACAGCACCUCGAAAGCUGAAGGUAUGCCUUUGCUGAAGACACUGGUUCAUCCGCUCGAAGAAUUGCAAAAGUCAAUCGCGAUUAUCAAGGAACAGAAUGUCAUCGAGCCAAAUGAGAUUCUUAUUUCAAAAUCUGAUAUUGAAGCAAUGGAUAAGUUAGCUGAGCCGAUCGAAUAUAUUCAAAAUUCUAUACUAAAUUUCAAACAAGACACAGCAGGCAAUGACGACGGAAACCUGACGGAAUUUGUAGAGCUGCAAAGUUUACUUGAGCCGCUACAAGCGAUUCGUGACUGCGUCGCUACGAUCAAGCAGCAUUCUGAUGCAUGUGAAGUAAAUGAAGCCACGGCAGUGAUGACUACUAUGAUCAAGUCAAUCAAAGAGCUUGACAAUUCAAUCGAGAACCUUAUACCGGAAAGCAUCGGGGAGAAAAACGAGCUGUUACAAUUGUUAGUAGAACCCUUGGUCAAAAUGAAAAAAACUAUAGGAGUUAUUGAAGACAGUUUGCCAAAGUUUUCCACCAUCCGUGAAUUACAGACACCUUUGCGCGCUUUGGGAGAAUCGAUACAACUUAUUUAUGCAGAAAUUGAUCAGGAGAGUCAAAGAGUAAAAGAAGUUGAGAUGGAUGAUGAACCCCUAGUUGCCGAUUGGUCGAUAAUCAACAAGCUUAUCGACCCGGUGGAAGGAGUUAUGGAAUCUAUAUUAAGAAUUGAAGAACAAGUUGCAACAGAAAAUUGUCUCGAGCGAGCUAUAGAAUUUGAAGCUCUCAAGACGUUAAUCUCUCCUCUGGAAGGUAUACAGAAAAGUUUCGCAUCGAUUGAGGAACAGGCUAGUGAAUCAAAGAGCAUUGAUCAAGAAUUGGCUAUUGAAUCGAUCGUAGAUUCAUUGUACGAGCUUGAGAAGUCAAUUUCUAUACUUCAAGAACAGGCAGUUGAUAAGCCGGUAUCACAACCGGCAUACGGAUUGGCAGAAGCUCAAAUGCUCCACAGCUUGGUUCUGCCACUCGAAGAGUUGAAAAAAUCAAUCACAACUGUGCAAGAUUCCUCGACUACGUAUCUAGAGAAUUUGGAGCAACCUUUGAAAGAGUUACAGUCGGCGAUGAAAGUUGUCGAGUUAACCUUGCCUUUAGAAAUAAACAGAUUACAUCCGAAUCUCGUGCGUGCCGAGCAUGGUCCCCUCAAGAGUUUGAUCGAGCCUACCGAAGAUAUAGCCCGGACAAUUGAAUUGAUCCAAGCAAGUGCAACAGCGGAUAAAACCAUCGAAAGAACUGUCGAAUGGGAGGUGUUGAGAACACUGAUCAAGCCUCUACGGAAUGUGAAGGAAGAAUUGAUAUCAAUUCAGGCGCAGAUAAUCAAAGAACCCGAUGAGUUGGAGACGCAUCCAGUCGCUGAUCGCAUUUUACAGCCAUUGAAAAACCUCCAUCAGUCAAUUUGCUCAAUUGAAGAACAAGCCUCUGAUAAACCGAUUGUUGAUCCUAUGUUAAUGAAUUCUGAAACUUUGAUUUUGAAACCCUUGGAAACGUCCUUGAAUCAGUUGAAGACGACGAUAGAGUCGUUAGAAUGUUCAACAGACCGUUCAUUGUCAUUAAAAACUCUGGAAGAUCCUCUUUGUCAAUUACGGGCAGCCGUAAAUGCUGUGCGAGAUCGAGCUCUGGGAGAAUCUAAUGAUACUAAAGUCCAAGUUGGUACCACGAAAUUGAUAGCCAUACCAAUAACAGAACUUCAAGCGUGCAUUGCUCAAAUUCAAGAACAGUACGCUGAAACAACGGAAGAUACGUUGUCGGAAAUUUCAGCUUUGGAAGCAAUUGCACGGCCUAUAGAAGAAUUGCAGCGUAAAUAUGCUCAAAUUGAACAAAAUAUUAUAAUGGAAUCCGAUUCAAGUUUGACCUUAAAACGUGAAAUUCCAAUCACUGAGAUGGCUAAUCGAGUGAGAGAUCUACAACACGGUAUGAUGGUGAUGGAGCAGACUUUGUUAGAAAACGAACAAGAAGAUACUAAUGCAUGGGCUCUGCUGAAAGCGAUGCAGGUACCGGUCGAAGAACUAGAGAAAGGUAUACAGAUAAUUCAACAUGUAGUCCAAGAAGCACAUCCGACCGCAGAGUCUUUGGAGUUCAGCAAAAAUGUAGUAACUGACGACGAAAAGAAAGGAGAUGUUGAAAAAAGUAAGACUGAUGACGAAAUACGAAUAAUAAGCGAAGAGGAAGCUGAAAUACUGAGGAAAGAGGAAAAAUUAACACUAGAUGAGAAAAAUAAAUUAGACAGAGCGGAGCUGUUGAAGAAGGAACAGCUGGACAGGUUUAAGGAAGCAGAAAGAAACGAACUUGAAAUGCUUGAGGCUGUAGAAAAAAGGCUUGAAGAAGAGGUGGACAAAAAAGAUCGUCAACUAUUGGAGGAGAUCGAUGAUAAGGAAACGAAAGAUGGGCAUACAUCCGAUACUAUCAAGGCUGUUGCAGAGGUACAUCUCAAAGCAAAAGAGACUGGCAAGGAGCAAAAAGACGAUGCAGAAAUGUCGAAAGCGGAAGAGAUACAAGUGAAAAAAGUUGAAGAAACAGAACAAUGUAAGAAAGAUGUAGAUGGUAAACAACAAGAGGAAGAACGAUUGAAAACUGAAGAUAGUGAGAAUAUAGUUGCUCAAGAUGACCGCCAGGAAACGGAAAGAGCAGUGGAGGAAAAGGCUGCUGAAGAAGAGAAACUCAUACCGGAAGACGAUGCCAAGAAGCUAAAGCAAGAAGAGGGAGGGUUAAAGGUUGAAGUUGUAGGGAAAAAUAAAGCCAUUGAAGAAGAACAACUGAAGGAGGAAAAAGCUGACAAAAAACAGGAAAAAAAAGGAAAGGAGAAGGAGAAGCAGAAAUCAAAAGCUGAAGAAGCAAACGCGAAGAAAAAAGCUGACGAAAACGAAAAAACUGAAGGAAAACAAAAAGAAAAAGAAGAACGUUUGAAGGCUGAGGAAGCAGAGAAAAAGAGAAUGGAUGAAGAACAAAAAUUGAAAAAAGAAGAAGCUGAUAGAAAACAAAAAGAAGUGGAACGAUUAGAAGUUCAAGAAGCAGAAAAGAAAAGAAUUGCCGAAGAAGAAAGAUUUAAGGAAGAAGAAGAGGAACGAUUGAAAACAGAAGCAGCUGAUAAAAAACAGAAAGAAGAAGAGGAACGAUUGAAAAAAGAAGCGGCUGACAAAAAACAGAAAGAAGAAGAGGAACGUUUGAAAAAAGAAGAAACUGAUAAAAAACAGAAAGAUGAAGAGGAACGUUUGAAAAAAGAAGAAGCUGACAAAAUACAAAAAGAAGAAGAGGAACGAUUGAAAACAGAAGCAGCUGAUAAAAAACAGAAAGAAGAAGAGGAACGAUUGAAAAAAGAAGAAGCUGACCAAAAACAGAAAGAAGAAGAGGAACGAUUGAAAAAAGAAGCAGCUGACAAAAAACAGAAAGAAGAAGAGGAACGUUUGAAAAAAGAAGAAGCUGACAAAAAACAGAAAGAAGAAGAGGAACGAUUGAAAAAAGAAGCGGCUGACAAAAAACAGAAAGAAGAAGAGGAACGAUUGGAAAAAGAAGCGGCUGACAAAAAACAGAAAGAAGAAGAGGAACGAUUGAAAAAAGAAGCAGCUGACAAAAAACAGAAAGAAGAAGAGGAACGAUUGAAGAAAGAAGAAGCUGACAAAAAACAGAAAGAAGCAGAGGAACGAUUGAAAAAAGAAGCAGCUGACAAAAAACAGAAAGAAGAAGAGGAACGAUUGAAGAAAGAAGAAGCUGACAAAAAACAGAAAGAAGAAGAGGAACGUUUGAAAAAAGAAGAAGCUGACAAAAUACACAAAGAAGAAGAGGAACGAUUGAAAACAGAAGCAGCUGAUAAAAAACAGAAAGAAGAAGAGGAACGAUUGAGAAAAGAAGAAGCUGACAAAAUACACAAAGAAGAAGAGGAACGAUUGAAGAAAGAAGAAGCUGACAAAAAACAGAAAGAAGAAGAGGAACGAUUGAAGAAAGAAGAAGCUGACAAAAAACAGAAAGAAGAAGAGAAGCGACUGAAAAAAGAAGAAGCUGACAAAAAACAGAAAGAAGAAGAGGAACGAUUGAAGAAAGAAGAAGCUGACAAAAAACAGAAAGAAGAAGAGGAACGAUUGAAAAAAGAAGAAGCUGAUAAAAAACAGAAAGAAGAAGAGGAACGUUUGAAAAAAGAAGAAGCCGACAAAAUACAGAAAGAAGAAGAGGAACGAUUGAAGAAAGAAGAAGCUGACAAAAAACAGAAAGAAGAAGAGGAACGUUUGAAAAAAGAAGAAGCUGACAAAAUACACAAAGAAGAAGAGGAACGAUUGAAAACAGAAGCAGCUGAUAAAAAACAGAAAGAAGAAGAGGAACGAUUGAGAAAAGAAGAAACUGACAAAAAACAGAAAGCAGAAGAGGAACGAUUGAAAACAGAAGCAGCUGAUAAAAAACAGAAAGAAGAAGAGGAACGAUUGAGAAAAGAAGAAGCUGAUAAAAAACAGAAAGAAGAAGAGGAACGUUUGAAAAAAGAAGAAGCUGACAAAAAACAGAAAGAAGAAGAGGAACGAUUGAAGAAAGAAGAAGCUGACAAAAAACAGAAAGAAGAAGAGGAACGAUUGAAAAAAGAAGAAGCUGAUAAAAAACAGAAAGAAAAAGAGGAACGAUUGAAGAAAGAAGAAGCUGACAAAAAACAGAAAGAAGAAGAGGAACGAUUGAAGAAAGAAGAAGCUGACAAAAAACAGAAAGAAGAAGAGAAGCGACUGAAAAAAGAAGAAGCUGACAAAAAACAGAAAGAAGAAGAGGAACGAUUGAAAAAAGAAGAAGCGGACAAAAAACAGAAAGAAGAAGAGGAACGAUUGAAAAAAGAAGAAGCUGAUAAAAAACAGAAAGAAGAAGAGGAACGAUUGAAGAAAGAAGAAGCUGACAAAAAACAGAAAGAAGAAGAGGAACGAUUGAGAAAAGAAGAAGCUAACAAAAAACAGAAAGCAGAAGAGGAACGUUUGAAAAAAGAAGAAGCUGGAAAAAAACAGAAAGAAGAAGAGGAACGAUUGAAAAAAGAAGAAACUGACAAAAAACAGAAAGAAGAAGAGGAACGAGUGAGAAAAGAAGAAGCUGACAAAAAACAGAAAGCAGAAGAGGAACGUUUGAAAAAAGAAGAAGCUGACAAAAAACAGAAAGAAGAAGAGAAGCGACUGAAAAAAGAAGAAGCUGACAAAAAACAGAAAGAAGAAGAGGAAAGAUUGAAGAAAGAAGAAGCUGACAAAAAACGGAAAGAAGAAGAGGAAAGAUUGAAGAAAGAAGAAGCUGACAAAAAACAGAAAGAAGAAGAGGAACGAUUGAAAAAAGAAGCAGCUGACAAGAAACAGAAAGAAGAAGAGAAACGAUUGAAAAAAGAAGCAGCAGAAAAGAAAAUAAUUGCCGAAGAAAAACAGAAAGAUAAAGACGACCAAUUAAAGGCUAAGGAAGCAGAAAAUAAGAGAACCACUGAAGAAGAACGAAUGAAAAAAGAUGAAGCCGACGGGAAACAAAAGGAAGAGGAACGAUUGAAAAAAGAAGAAGCUGACAGGAAACAAAAAGAACAAGAAGAACGAUUGAAAAAAGAAGCAGCUGACAAAAAACAGAAAAAAGAAGAGAAACGAUUGAAAAAAGAAGAAGCUGAUAAGAAACAGAAAGAAGAAGAAGAACGAUUUAAAAAAGAGGAAGCUGACAAAAAACAGAAAGAAGAAGAGGAACGAUUGAAAAAAGAAGAAGCGGACAAAAAACAGAAAGAAGAAGAGGAACGAUUGAAAAAAGAAGAAGCUGACAAAAAACAAAAAGAAGAAGAGGAACGAUUGAAAAAAGAAGCAGCUGACAAAAAACAGAAAGAAGAAGAGGAACGAUUGAAGAAAGAAGAAGCUGACAAAAAACAGAAAGCAGAAGAGGAACGAUUGAAAAAAGAAGCGGCUGACAAAAAACAGAAAGAUGAAGAGGAACGUUUGAAAAAAGAAGAAGCUGACAAAAAACAGAAAGAAGAAGAGGAUCGAUUAAAGGCUGCAGAAGCAGAAAAGGAGAGAAAUGCUGAAGAAGAACGAUUGAAAAAGGAAGAAGCUGACAGAAAACGAAAAGACGAAGGUGAAAGAUUGAAAGCUGAGGAAGCAGAAAGUAACAAAAAGGCUAAAGAAGUCCGAGUGAAAAAAGAAGAAGCAGACAAUAAGCAGUCGGAAGAGGCGAAAAAAUUAGAGGAAGAAGGAGUGGCGAAGAAAAAAGUUGCAGAAGAAGAACGAGCCAAAAAGAAAAAAGUAACAAAAAAGAGAAAGGGAGAAGCAGAACGACUGAGUAAUGAAGCCAAGGAAGAGGAACAAUUAUCAAAAGAAGGCGCUGAGAAAAAACAAGUGGAAAAAGCGGAACAGGUAAAGAGAGCAUCUGAGGAAACAGAACGUACAAAGAAGGAAGAAGUCGAAAGAAAACACAUAGAAGAAAAACAGCAUCUGGAUAAAGAGGAAGCUGGAAUUGAACGUACGGAAGAAUCUCAAAAGCUGCAACGUGAACAAGAAAAGAGGUAUAGAGAAGAAUCUGAGUUGAUGAAGGAAGAAGAAGUCGAGAAAGAGAAAACAAUAGGAGACGUCGAAAAAUUGAAAAAAGAGGCAGAAAAGGUAGAGACCGAAGAGGCUGAACGAAUCGCAAAAGAGAAAGCUGAACAGCAAAGAGAUGUCGCAGAACAUCAGGAAAAAGAAAAACUUAAAGAAGCCGAACAAAUUACGAAAGAGCUAGAAGUUAAGGAGAAAAUUGAAGAAGCUGAUAAACUGUCAGCCAAAGCUGUUGAAAAACAAGAACAAGAAGCAAAACAAAAGAAGCUGGAGGAAGAAGAUCGACUAAAAAAAGAGAAAGUCACAAGAAAUCAAAAUGAAGAAGUAGAGCGAAAACAGAAAAAUGAGGCAUCCGAAAAAAAACCAGAACAAGAAUCAGAGCAUCUACAGAACGAAGAGGUUAAAGUAAAAGAAAACAAUACCGAACAGCAACUGAAGAAAGACAAGGCUGAAGUAAAGGACAAAGAGAUGGAAGAAAAUCUAAAAAAAGCGGUUACAAAGAAAAAACAGGGUGAACGUCAGAAGAAACCAAAGAAGGACAAGAAAAAAUCCGAGGACGAAAAGUCAGAAGAAGUCGAUGAAACAAAACGAGAAAAACAGGAAGAUACACAUCUCAUCGAAAAUAAACUCCAAAAAGCUGAUAACGCAGAGCUCAAGGAAGAGGCAAAAUACGAAACAGACACUGAAAAUUCCUUGUCCAUGUUAUCCGAAGCCACUGACUCACUGCGCGAGGAAUUGGCUCCACGAAGUCACAGAAGAAGAAGCAAGGAACAGGCCGCGAUCGAAGUGGAAAGAUCUGAAAGGACCAGCGGGCGGUCGAGAAGUUAUGACACACAGACUCCAACGAUUCUUGAAGACUCUGAAAGCCAGAGCUUGCGGUCAUCGAACGCACGUACCAGAGCAAAGAGCUACUUGACAGACGACGGUGGUGAAUCCACAGCAUAUUAUUCAGCCACGAGUAAAGCAAGCGCUGGAAACCAGGAAUGUGGACCACGAGACCUGAGAAAUAAACCAAUGUUCUGCACGAAACUGACCGAUCGCACUGCAGCAGAGGGUUCUCGAAUAAAGCUGACCUGUACUGUCCUUGGUUCACCGGAACCGCAGAUAUGGUGGUCAAAGGACGAUCAGAAAUUAGGUCCGAGUAACCGGUACAGAACGAGCUUCGAGAACGGGAUGGCUUCUCUUGAAUUCUAUGCAGCUCUGCCAGAGGAUUCCGGGGAAUAUUCUUGCACAGCCAGAAAUACGCAUGGACAGUCAACCACCGAGGCCAGGCUCAAGGUCUACGCUGGUUUCGAGCCCAGUCCGCUGCCGCCGACCUUCACGAGGUCCAUGAAAGACACCUACCGAUUCACUGACAACGAGCUGGUCCUCGAGUGCCGAGUUAGAGGACAACCGGCGCCUGUUAUCUCCUGGAUGAAGGAUGGGAAACCACUUUGUGGCGGCCGGUAUCAGCAGAGUGAUCUCAGCGACGGCGUGUGUCGCUUGCAAAUAUCGAAUCCAGACUCUCUGGACAGCGGUCAGUACACGUGUAAAGCCGAAAACCAAGUCUGGUGCGACCAGAUAUCCCACAUGGUCCACUUCGAAGGUCGUGAGACGUACGCAGCAAGCAAACGAGACCGGGUAUCUCAAAGAAAGAUCAGUAGAGAUGUAAGGAGGCCUCAUUUCGCGAACAUUCUUACCGACCACAGCGUUCCUGCUGGAGGGACGAUAGCUCUUCAAGUUGAAGUCAAAGGCAUGCCAGCUCCGGAAGUGACCUGGCUCCACGGUGACACAAAGAGGCCGGUUCAGCACCCGAAAGCUCGUACCUUCGCAGAAUCUGGAGUGUACACCCUGAUGGUUCCAGAAGCGACGGACUCUGAGACCGGUACCUACAUUUGCAGGGCAAGCAAUGCUUACGGCUACGUGGAUACCAGCGCCAGCGUGCAAGUCGUCGCACCCAGCUCGAUAAAGGGUGGAAAACCUGCCAUGUUUGUCUCCCGACCGGACAACCUGAUGACAGUUGCGAUUGGCGAGGACGUCAGCAUUUCUUUCAGAGUAACCGGAACACCGAAACCAAAAGUUACCUGGAUGAAGGGGAUUCGAGAUAUCACCAACAGUCCUCGCUCACACAAGGAGUCCAUCGACGAUUACGUCAGACUAACCCAGAAGAGAACCCUCGCCUCGGACGAAGGGACCUACUGCGUUUUGGCGAAAAACUGCUACGGUUGCGAUCGGACAUUCGUUACUGUCAGAGUCAAGCAGAGGGCCAGAUCGCUAACGCCGUCUCCGGAAUGGGGAAACGUCGAUACCAGCAAUUUGCUUGCUGACAUUCACGACGGGCAGCGGACCUACGUCAAACAUGUUCCUGGUCCAAUCAGCAGCGAGCCAAUUGUAGUCGACAGUGGAAGGAACUGGUUGGCUUUAAGCUGGGGAAAGGCGGAGCAGCGGGGACCAGCCCCUGUGAUAGCCUACCGGGUCGAUGCCUGGCUCUUGGGGGGUGAUGGGGGUGCUCGAUGGGCGGAGCUUGGCGUCACUCCAAUCAACACAUUUGACGCAUUCAACCUACGCCCUGGUAGCGAGUACAAGUUUCGCGUAACACCUCGAAAUCGUUACGGAUGGGGUGAGUCGGUGAUAACUUCGACAUCGUGCGUAGUCGGGGAAGUCCUCGAGCUUCCAGAGUUCACCAGCAUACUACCGGGACAGCUUAAAGCCUUGGAAGAUUCAACGGUGUCGCUAGAAUGCGAGGUCCGGGCUGACUCGAGGGUCCAGGUGCGCUGGUAUCGGGACUCGACUGAGAUCGACUCCAGCGAAGAGCCGAGGUACAAGAUAUACUACAACGGCACAAAGUGCUGCCUCAAUAUCGCCAACAUCACGGCCGCAGAUUCGGGCCGAUACGUUUGUGAGGCCACCAACAAGGUCGGCAGGGUCUCAACCUUCGCCAGGGUCCUCGUCGUUGCUGAUCCCAAGAUCUUGGAGGCUGACGCAAAGCUAAAGAACCUCCUUGACGGUUCUCCGGACGAAAGACCACCCCAGUUCACCAUGAGACUGAGGGAUAGACGGGUGCAAAUGACUUACCCAGUCCGGCUGACCUGUCAGGUGAUUGGUCACCAGACACCGGAGGUUGUGUGGUACAAAAACGGGCGAGAAAUUCGUCAGGAUGCUUCGCACAUACUCUGGAACGACGAGUCCCACUUCCACACACUUGAGAUAACUCACUCGACGCUGGAGGACUCGGGCUGCUACAUGGCAACGGCGAGAAACUCGACAGGAUCGGUGUCCUGCCGCUGUAUCCUGGUCGUUGACAAGGGCAUCCGCGCCUACGUGGCGCCGGAGUUUUUGUACGGACUGGAUGCGACCUACACGACCCAAGUUGGAGGUGAGCUGAGGAUGUCGGCCCAGGUCGAAGCCUAUCCAUCGGUUGGCGUAGUUUGGCACAGAGAUGGAAUCCGGUUACGACCAAGCCGCAGGGCCGUCAUGACCCUGAACCACGAUGGCACCGUCGAAUUGUCCCUGGCAAACGCCACUCCCAGAGACGCCGGGGUCUACAGCUGCACUGCGACCAACGAAGUCGGAAGAACCGAGACCUCGGCGAAAGUCAUCGUCAUUGGAAACUUCGAAGAAGCGAAACCCCUCGAAAAUUUACCGGUCGUUGUUGCCCCCGAUAUUCCGUAUUCAAAGGAGCCGCUUUUCGUUACGAAGCCUUUGUCGACUGAAGCUGUUGAAGGAGACACGGUUAUAAUACUUUGCGAAGUCGUCGGCGAUCCUAAACCGGAUGUAAUGUGGCUUAGAGACUUCCUCAGGCCCGACUACUACAGAGACGCUCCGCACUUCAGACGCGUCGGCGAGGGACCGCAGUAUCGUCUGGAAAUUCCCUACGCUAAGAUCGACUUCACAGGAACAUAUACCGUAAUCGCCAAGAACUGUCAUGGAGAAGCGAAGGCGAUAAUAUCGCUCCAGAUCUACGCCAAAGGUCAGGGCAAAGAAGACAGGAUGGAUCAGACCUCCGUCAAACACGGGAAGGUCGUGACAUUGCCCCUGAUAACGAAAGAACUCCGAGAUCUGAGAUGCUGCGACGGUGACGCUGUCACUUUGGAGUGCAAAGUGCAUGCGACGCCAGUACCGGAUAUCCGCUGGGAGAAAGAUGGAAGGCUUUUGCCCCUCGGUGGCGACUUCACGACGGAAUUCGACGGGGAAACGGCUCAACUGAGCAUCCAGCACGUAUAUCCCGAAGACGAGGGCGAGUACACCUGCGUCGCGUAUAACGAUCUUGGAAAGGCGUUCACAUCCGCCUGCCUCGUCGUUGACGUUCCCGAAGAGAAGGAAAACGCCCUGAGUCAGCACCUGAGGCGGCCUGUAGGGCUGCUUUCGGCAGGAUCGACGCCAAGGUCAACCCCAAGGUCAACUCCGAUCCGCAGCUUGUCGCCGUCGGUUGCACGCGGCAGAGAGUUCCGGACGCCUUCGCAAGCCCCGCAAACGAAACGACUAAAGGUCACGGCGCCAAAGUUUUACGCAGUGCCGCACAACCGGGUCGCCGAAGAGGGCGAAACCGUGCGGUUCCAAUGCGCCGUUUCCGGGCAUCCGACACCCUGGGUUACCUGGGACAAGAACGGUGUCGUGGUUACCCCCAGCACGAGAAUAUCCGUGAAGGAACGGGACGACGUCAGGGUGCUUGAGAUAUCGGAAGUGACCGUCGAGGACGCCGGGCUCUAUCGCGUCACCCUGGAGAACGACGUCGGACGUGUCGAGGCGACUGCUAGGCUCGAGAUCAUAGGUCGCCAUGGAUCCGUCAGUCGAGGCAUCAGGGCCAGAAGCGCAUCACCCAGGACGUAUCCAACCUUCGGAAGAAGUCUACUCGGCUCAGUGGCCAGAAUUAACGGCCGUUUGCAGUUGCAGUGUGAUAUAAGAGGGUCACCGUCUCCGACGCCCUCCUGGUACAGAAAUGGGAAACCCCUCGAACGGUCCGACCGAAUCAAGAGAUUCUUCGACGGCCGCACGACCCGGGUCGAGAUUACGAAAGUCAAGGCCACAGAUGCUGGACAAUACACGUGCCAGGCAACAAAUGUCAUGGGAACGACGAGGAACAGCUGUUUGGUCACAGUCCUCGAUGCUGAUGACCCUUCAACGGCUGACAGAGACCCGCCGAAAUUCGUUGACGAACUUCCCGAGGAGUCCAUUGUAAUGGAGGGACAUUCCUACGAGCUUCAGGUCAGACUCUCCGGAACACCGCCGUUCGUCAUCUCCUGGUUAAAGGACGGCAGGGAGGUUCCGGACAGCGAUUAUUACAGGUACGUAGUGUACGGUGACGGUGGAGUCGCCCUUCGCCUCUCGGAUGUUUACCCUCAGGAUGCCGGGGAGUACACUUGCCUGGUGCGCAACGAUUUCGGAAAGGCAAAGACGAAUGGGCUUUUCGCAGUCCAAGACUACAAGGGUGUCCCGAAGAUGGCCCUUCACUUUACCAAGAGACCAGUUUCCGUCCUGGCCAGCAAGGGAGCCACAGUACAAUUCUGUGCCAGGGUUCAGUCAGGAAGACCAGCCGAGUUCAAAUGGACGGUGAACGGAAGGGACGCGAAGGUUUUGACCAAGUGCAAGAUGGAGAAAGACGGGUCAACGAGCAUCCUGCGAAUCACUGGGGUGUCAUUGCGGGAGGUUGGAGAGGUUCGAUGCACGGCUGGAGUAGCUGGAGGUCGAGGUCCGACGGUCAGUGCGACGGCAAGACUGGACUUUGACUUGGACUCUGUACCGAGGCUGGAAUCUCCGGCGAAUGAAGAAGCUGACUAUGCCGAUGGUGCUGCGGCGUUUAUUCGUAGGGACGUGAUAAGGCGCUCCACCAGAUCGAGUCCCGGCUCUCCGUUGGUUAAAAAGAAACGAGAGGCUCCAAAGCCCCCGGGAACUGGUAAAGAAAACAAACCUGCCACCCCAACGGUCACGUGGCCAACGCCCAGGACCCCCGUUUUUAAGCGUCGCGUAAUCCCAGAAGCCGCAGGUAGGAAAAAAGCAGCAUACGGUGAGGAGGGUAAAGCUUGUUCGAGCUUAAGACGCACGCAAUCGUUGGAAAAAUCCUCGACGGUUGGUUCGAGGUUAACUAAAACGCGUUCGUCGCUGAGGGAGGUAAAGAAGCUGAAGGAGAAGGCACCGCUCUCGCCACUAACCUCGAACUCGGUAAAGAAGGUCGAGGUCGCCGAGAGAAUCUUAUCACCGGAGAGAAUGGUCGGCGUGCCGGUGAUCGACGUGCCCAGCAUGGCGGUGCCGGAAAUGAAGGAACAGGGAGAGGUAUUCACGUCCGCGAAACAGGAGGCGGAGGUCGUGGUCAAAGACGAUACAGAAUCGGUGACGAAGGACGAAGGUCAGGACGACGGUACGAUUGAAAAGAUACUCUCGUCGGCCAGUGACAACGUGCAGAUGGUGCUCAGGAAGUUCAAGAGUGAACUUGGAAGCAGGGAAAACUUGCGAAGGUCAAACUGCGACAAGACGCUCGUAGAGGAAACAUGCGGCAGUCUAAUCACCGCCAGAACAUCAUCGGUCGGUGACCAACUAGUCGUCGACGACUCGCCGGCCAUCAAGUGCCUCAGGAUUCUCGAGAGGUCUCAGUCCCCGCCUGAGGACAUCAAGAAGAGACUCGCCGAGGUCCGUCGACCCAGUCUCGAACGCUUCGAACCCGCCCUCAUCCUCAAGGCUCCGUCCGACAUCACGGCUCUUCGGGGCGCCCGCGUCGUCCUCAGAGCCACCUACAAAGGACACCCGGAACCCCGUGUCAAAUGGCUCAGAGCGGGACGGGAACUGAUCCCUGAUGAGAAGGUUGGAAUCACCAGCGGUGGCGGUGUUUCCUGCCUGACCUUGGACAGCAUCACGGCCGAUCACGCUGGGAAGUACAUCGUGUCGUUGGAGAACGCUCUCGGACGUGACUUCAAGCACGCCAGUGUCGCCGUCGAAGGUCCCCCUGAUCCCCCGGCUGGUUCCCCGGCAGUUUAUCCCGGCAUUGGUACCGCGACGGUAACCUGGAGGUCACCCCCCUACGACGGGGGUUGCAUGGUCACCGGAUACUGCGUGGAAAUGCGUCGUUCCCACGAGACGUCGUGGACGGUUGUCGCCGAGGCGUGUCACUCCCUGAGCCACACCGUCAGCGACCUGACGCCCGAGGAUGUUUACCUCUUCAGGGUCAGGGCGGAAAACAUUCACGGAGCUAGCGAGCCAGGUCCCGAAUCGCGGCCAGUCACGAUCGACGAGGAUGAGGAGCAAUUCAAGCCCGCCUUCGAAGCCCGCGAAGUAUCAUUUGAGGAUGGACAGCUGUUCAAGGACCGCUACGAGGUCCUUGAGGAACUCGGAAAGGGUCGAUACGGCAUCGUUCGGAAGGUCCUGGAACGGGCGAGCGGACAAUAUCUUGCCGCGAAAUUCAUCAGAGCCAUCAAAGCGAAAGACAAAGAGCAGGUCCGAGAUGAAGUAAUGAUCAUGAAUCUCCUCAGGCAUCCGAAGCUCCUUCAGCUUGCUGCGGCCUUCGAGAGCCCCCGAGAGGUCGUCAUGGUUACGGAAUACAUAACCGGUGGCGAACUUUUCGAAAGGGUUGUCGCUGACGAUUUUACCCUCACCGAGAGGGACAGCAUCCUGUUCAUGAGGCAGAUAUGCGAGGGCGUCGCGUACAUGCACGAUAACAAUGUCGUGCACUUGGAUCUGAAGCCCGAGAACAUCAUGUGCCACACUCGAACCUCUCAUCAAAUAAAGCUGAUAGACUUCGGGCUGGCGCAGAUGCUGAAGCCUGACACGCCCGUCAGGGUCCUCUUCGGGACGCCCGAAUUCAUCCCUCCAGAAAUAAUAAACUACGAACCAAUCGGCACGGAAACUGACAUGUGGAGUGUCGGCGUCAUUUGCUACGUUCUGUUGACCGGUCUCUCACCGUUCAUGGGAGAUAACGACGCGGAAACGUUCGCCAACAUCACGCGUGCCGAUUACGAUUUCGACGAUGAAGCAUUCGAUGCCAUAUCACAGGAUGCCAAGGACUUCAUAAGCGCUCUGCUGGAAAAAAGAAAGGAAUUACGUAUGUCGGCCAAACAGUGCCUUGAGCAUCCUUGGAUGGCCCAACACAGCGAAAGUAUGAGCGUGGUUGCCUUGCCGACGGACAAACUCAAGAAGUUCAUCAUUCGAAGAAAGUGGCAGAAAACAGGAAAUGCCAUUCGCGCGUUGGGGAGGAUGGCAACUCUGUCGGCAAACAGUAGGCGGAACAAUUCAACGAACGAUUCUUCCUCGCCAACGCGGAGUUUAUCGCCAAUCGUCAGCCUCGAAGGAGGGAUUUCAGCGUCGUCGAAACAUGGAACCAUCCAGACUUCCGAUCCUGUCUGCACCCCAAAGGACGAUACUCAAGCCUUGAGCGUUGACGAGGUAGAAAAGGAUUCGGCGAUACCGGACGAGUCUCUUGUCGAAAAGCUCUUGGAAUCUACGAAAGUAGAGAACGAACCUGAAGAGGAGAAAAUCGGGGACGAAGAGCGAGAAACCUCGGAGUUGCCUCCGCGAAUAAUCAGCAACGACGAUUCUUGUCUAAUUGAUUCUAAAAAAUCUCGUGGUAAUAUCGCCGGGAGAAAUCUCCGGCUUGGAAAGUCCUCCGAAGGAUUAACCGAGGAGGGUGUAAACGGCGGUGGAAUGAUGGACGACUAUCUCGGAGUGAACAUCGAGUUCUGCAACCUGAGCAAGUCGGAACCUGACGAGAUUUACCUGUCGACUAACAACGUCGUCGAGCUUUCAAGCUCGAGCUCCGACGAACCCGACGAGACCUUUCCGUCCAGCGUCGUCGAGCCCGACGAGGACGACGUGAGUUCGUCGCGAAGGAGCACUGCCGAAAUCGUUAACGCGACAAUAAUCGAGGACGUUCAUCUGAACGGCUUCAAGGACGCGACCCUGAAGCGAACGCGAGCUUGCAGCGAGCGUAGCGACUCGGGGAUCAGCGACUGUUCAACCGCCGCGCCCUACUCUCAGGGUGGAGAGCUUUCGAGCUUGAUAAUAGCCGAGGAAGACGAAGAUCCUCACGGCGUGAAGCAGCGGACGACGACGAAGAAGACGUCGACGAUCAGCUUCGAAACGAGCAAAUCCCUAUCGACUCACGCCGUCGACGAGGGUCCGGACUCGGGGCUGAUCCGGGCUCCGCCACGUGUUCACACCGGAAGCGUCAGUCGGACGGCGAGAAUGUUCGAGAGGGAAGAACUAUCGCCGGCGAAGGAGAUCCCGACAUCUCUCCCCCGGGUGACGCCCACCGUUCCCGGGAAGCCCCACAACGACCGAAUCCAAAAGGCGUUUGCUUUUUGGAACAAGUAGCCGGACGCUGGAAGGAACGAACGAUCUGCCUUAACGAUAUAUCUCGAUACCCCGAUUCUUUAAUUUCUAUCCUUUGCCCCAUCUCUUAUAUUGUUUUAUUUUUUUUUUGGUUUUUUUUUAACAAUCACAAGCUUGAUUAUUAUUUAUUCUGAUACAUUAUACAUCUUUUAUCCCUGUUAAUAGAAAAGUAUGUUAUAAUAAGCCUUUCAGCUAUCUUCGUAUUCAUAAUCACCCUGCAGCGGAUGAUCUCGUGCAUUUUAUCGGUACGUUUUAAAUCUGCAGCAAUUACUUUCAUCGCUAUAUCCAUAUUUUUAACUAUCGUGAUAAUCCAAUUGUUUAUCCUCGUAAUCAACCUGCUACCAUGUUACCAAAUUAAGUUUUAUUUUUCUCAACGCCAUUAUUAGUACUACGUUAGUAUCGUUAUUAUUUAUGUUAACAUUUUAGUCUUAUUAUUAUCUUACUUAGUCUUACUAUAUUACAUUAUUGAUAAUACUAUUAUUGUACGUCUGGCAUUUUACUCACUAUUUCCACCUAGCGCCUGCACCUGUAGUAUGCCUGAAACUCCAGUGAUCUUGCUUAAAGCACGAAACGAUCCCGUGAGAUUGAAAUCCAAUAUCAAUAACCAGUGCGGAAAAUUGGCAGCAACAAAAUUCUACAACUAGUAUAAAACAAGAACGAGUAAUGCGGGGAAAAUGUUCUCCUAACAUUAUUUAAAUGUUACUUAUCGUCUGACAAGUUUAUUUGUUUUAUUUACAUUCAUUUUCUUCAACUAGACGAGAAUGGAGAAAUUAUUAGGCCAAGGAUACGAGUAUCGUAUACGGAUAAUGCAUGGGAUCAUCCUGCAGUUAUUAUCAGAUUAUUUUAUGUAAAUUCUUAUAGGAAAUACGUAUUUAUAUUUAUUUAUCGUGGCGUAGUUAACGUAUUGAAUCAAACUCCCCGUACAAUAAUCAAUGCGAUGAUUGUAACUACAGUUUCAGAAGACACUCUUAAUAUAUAAUCAAUUUUAUAUGCAAUACCUCUGUAGCUUCUUAAGAUUUUACUGUAUUUGCUAUAUAAUAUUUUAAUUCAUCGCAUCUACCGUACUGUGACAUACUGUAUAAAAUACGGGGGAGAAAAUGUUUAGUAAUAAAAAAAAAAAAAUUUAACAAAGACGUAACUAUUUUGUACAUAGAUAUAGAGGCCUAUAAUACAAAUAUACGCGUGAAUACAUUGAUAA